AUGCUGUCAUCAGCUUCCACGGAUUCCCCAUCGCCUCCCACAACUCCUUCCGUUCUCCGAUCUGAGCCUAACAACUCUCUUGCCCUCACGGAUGCCACGAUGCACGUUGCGCCUUACGUCCCACCAGUCCCUCACCCUAGCGAGCUGCAUGCUCCGCUUCCCAGCGAGCACCCUGACGCAUAUUGGGUCGUUACAGUGGGCCAGGAGGUAGGAAUUUUCUUUCAUUGGCUUGACGUUGGCGAACGUACUCAAGGCAUCAGCGGGGCCAUCCAGGUCAGGCAAGAGACUUGGGCAGAUGCUUUGCGCCUAUAUACGAGGAAAUAUGACGAAGGCGCGGUGGAAGCGCGCCCCCAUGUAGGGGGUCGUUUCUGGCCACCCCAUGUCCUUCACACUGCCCCAGCAUCGCCCGCCUCAUCUGCAAAUUCAAGCGAGGAUAGUAUCUGGACGCGUGUUGAAGAUUUGUCGGAUCAGAUGAGCCAGGUCACGCGGUACUAG